AUGCAUCGGCCAGAAACCGGCAGUGUGAAACCCUCGGGCACUACGAAAAACACCUAUGAAGGCAUGGGCCGGCAUGAGGAGCAGGUGCUCAUCAACCGGAGGGACGUCAUGGAUAAGAAGGAUGCCUGGGACGUGCAGGAGUACAUCACUACACUGUGUGUCAAGCACUUGCUCCGACAUCCUGCCUUCCAGCUGCUGCUGGCCUUGCUGCUGGUGACCAACGCCAUCACCAUUGCUAUUCGUACCAACUCUUACCUUGGUCAGAAACACUAUGAGUUCUUCUCGAUCGUAGACGACAUUGUGCUGACGAUUCUUAUGUGUGAGGUUCUCCUCGGCUGGAUCAAUGGCUUCUGCGUUUUCUGGAAGGACGGCUGGAACAUCCUCAACUUCGCAAUUGUCUUUCUCUUGUUCAUGGGGUUCUUCAUAAAACAACUUGACAUAGUUGCCAUCACCUACCCUCUCAGGGCACUUCGGCUGGUACAUGUGUGCAUGGCGGUGGAGCCCCUAGCCAAGAUCAUCAGGGUCAUCCUGCAGUCGGUGCCAGACUUGGCCAACGUUGUGGCCCUCAUCCUCUUCUUCAUGCUGGUCUUCUCUGUGUUUGGGGUCACACUCUUUGGUGCAUUCGUGCCCAAGCAUUUCCAGAACAUGGGGGUUGCCCUGUACACCCUCUUCAUCUGCAUCACCCAGGAUGGAUGGCUGGACAUCUACAGUGACUUCCAGAUGGAGGACAGGGAGAUCGCGAUGGAAGUCGGAGGUGCCAUCUACUUCGCUAUCUUCAUCACCAUCGGAGCGUUCAUCGGCCUCAACUUGUUUGUCGUCGUCGUGACCACAAAUCUGGAACAGAUGAUGAAGAUUGGAGAGCAGGGACAGCAGCGUCAGAUAACGUUUAGUGAGACAGGCAAAGAUGAAGAGGACUGGGCUGAUGACCUGCCACUGGUGCACUGUAUGGAGGCCCGCAAGGAGACUUCUGGCCUCCCCCAGGAACCGCUGGUUGGGGGUCCCCUGUGCAACCUCACAGAAAAGACCUGCGAUAAUUUCUGCCUGGUGCUUGAGGCAAUACAGGAGAACCUGGCGGAGUACAAAGAGAUCCGAGAGGAGCUCAACACGAUCGUGGAGGAGGUGCGCUCCAUCCUUUACAACCAGGAGCAGGAAAAGGAGCUGUUACACAGGCAUGCCUCCAAAGCCCUGUCCUUGGAGAGCGGGUCCUCCUUAGAUAUGCGUGAGGUGGCUACCCAGCAAGACUUGAUCUCUGCACUGGUCAGCAGGGAAAAGGUUCACGAUUCUAGCACAAACAUACUUAGCAAACACAAGUUCAGCCUCUGA